AUGCGCACGCAAACGGAUGGUAUGAAACUGGUCCCGUAUUACCUGCAAGAGAGAAGCAAAAGUCUGUACAUUUCUGAAACCUACAAAGAUGUGACUAUACCAUCCUACGUUGGUCAUCUUUCAUACACUGACCAGCUUGAGGCGUUCAUAAGUCGAUACAAGCGCCGACCAGCGGACAUCAAGUACUGGCCCUAUGGCCCAUACUGGCCAGCCCACUUUGAAGGACUGCUACUGGACACCCCACGGCACCUAGUGGUGGGUCUGCAAGGAUGCGAGCCCUUGGUUGUUGGGGAGUUCGCCAAUAGCCAGACAACAGAGAGUCAGGUGACGCAAUACCUGGGCAAGUGGAAAGGAACUCAGCUAGCUUAUGACUCUGAAACUAAGGGAUGCUGUCCCACUUUGAUGUUCGAGUCCAGAUUUGAGUGUGGAAACCUUCGACAAGCAAGACGAGUAAAUCAGUUCGAGUAUGAGUUGGUGUUGAAGACAGACCUCUACACUGCCAGACACACACAAUGGUACUACUUCCGCGUCACCAACGCCGUACCUGGUGUAACCUACAAGCUGAGGAUCAUCAACCUCCUUAAAAAGGACAGUCUCUACAAUCAUGGAAUGAGACCACUAAUGUACUCGGAGCAGGAUGCCAAGGAGAGGCAGAGGGGAUGGGUUCGAACAGGACAUCACAUCAGCUACACAAGGAGUUCCGGCACCAACUGUCCUCUGCUGGAGAAAGGCAUCACCUACUUCACCCUAGAGUGGCAGAUGGAGUUUCCCAACCACCAGGACACUCACUAUCUGGCCCACUGCUACCCCUACUCCUUCACUGACCUCAAGGAAGACCUGGAGUUACUAAUGAACAGUGAUGAGAGGUCAAAGGUUACCAGGCGAGAGGUCAUGUGUGAAACAAGAGCUGGCAAUAGUUGUUUCUUAGUCACAGUGACCAACUUUGACUCAACAGUUGAGAAAAGGGCAGUCAUCAUCACAGCCCGAGUCCAUCCUGGGGAGAGCCAGUCCAGCUGGAUGAUGAAAGGAUUCCUGGAGUUUAUCACUGGCCCAGAUCCUGCAGCAAAAGUUGCUUUAUACUGUGAUUUGCAUGGACACAGUCGAAAACAUAACGUCUUCAUGUAUGGUAACAACACUUCUGCUGACCUAGGGGUCACGCCUCUAGACAUGGCCAGGGCUUUCAUUUCUGAGAGGCUGUUUCCCUGGAUUAUGUCUGUUAAGAGUCCAGACAAGUUCCACUUCCAAUCCUGCAAAUUUCAGAUCCGGCGAUGUAAGGAGUCUACUGGCCGGGUGGUCAUGUGGCAUCAGCUGCGGGUCUCAAACAGUUUCACCAUGGAGGCAACUUUCAGUGGCACAGUACUAGACAGAGACAACCGUCGCCACUUCAACACACAAGACUUCAUGGAAAUGGGCACUGUUCUGGCUCAGGCUAUCUUGGAGUAUCAGACUGUCAAAGCUGAUCCUGUACAGCACACUCAGACAGUGCUAGGACUAACUCGAUGUAUAACGAAGCAGGUUCUCGCCUAUAAAGGUGCUUUAUGUCACACACCCCUCCCCCUCCCCCCCCCCCUUUCCCUUUCCCCCAGAAAGUUGCAGAAAUGGAGAGAACACCAAACAGACAUCCUCAAUAAAUGCUCUUCUCCCCAACGAUGGUCAGUCUUUAACAGCUGGGAAACCACCUCUGGAUAA